CCUUUAUUUCCGGCCUUGGUAAUCGUCUCCCCCAUUUUCAAACGUUUCUUGUCCGACAGCCUUCCAACUCUCUCUCCCAAGAUGGCCAAAGUAGAAACUGCGCUGAGUUCGAGGCCGAGAGCGGCAAUGACGAACAGGCUCCAGUCGUCAACAAGCACAUUCAUCUUGCGCUCGAAUGACGACCAGGUUGAACGCUCCCAGGCACGUGCCGCCGCAAGAGCGACUGCCAUCCGCCACCUGGCUAACCCCGCGCCUGCCCCUCCAGCUCCAAAUCCUUGAUCCCUGUCUCAGCGAAGAACAGAUGGUGGACUUGUUAGAUAACUGCGUCAAGCUCGCUUCCGAGAACGUCAAAGAAGUUCAGGCCACUUUCUGUCAGCCCGAGGCCGUGAAAGACACAAAACGCACUGUCGGUGGUUCCAUCUUGUUCGUGCACCAGGCUUUCAAAGGUAUAGAAGCCUCUUCUCUGGAAACCACCACAAAUCAAAACCCUAAACAUGUAAUAGAGAUGAAUCUAGUUCCUUCAAUCUUAGACAGCCCUUAUUUCAUCGACAAAACUUUGAACUCAAGUGCGGUAUUGGUCCAUGAGUUGCUUGAUGGAAGCAAUUACUACACCUGGGCAAGAUCCAUGCAACGCGCAUUGAGCAUACAAAACAAAUUAGGGUUUAUAGAUGGAACGCUAACAGAACCCAGAGAUCCAGCGGAUCCACAGAGAAAUAAUUGGAGAAGGUGUAAUGAUAUUGUAGUUACUUGGAUACAUAAUGCACUUCCACCUGACAUUAAGGCUAGUACAUUUUAUACUGAAACAGCACGUCAAUUAUGGUUUGAUUUGGAGCAAAGGUAUGCCCGAAAAAAUGCACUGAGAUUGUAUCAAAUCAAACAGUCCAUAAUUACCCUUAUGCAAAACCAGGAACCUGUUAGAGUAUAUUUUUCGAAACUGAAAGUCUUGAUUGAUGAGCUCAUGAACUAUGAACCAAUUUCCAAUUGCACCUGCCGGGGGCUAAAACCCAUUAUUGAUUACCAGGAGAGAGACUAUACAAUGAAAUUUUUGAUGGGGAUGGAUGAAUCGUAUAAGGCUAUGUCAGCCCAAAUUUUGAUGAUGAAACCUCUUCCCAGUUUGGAUGAGACAUUUUCCAUCAUUCAGCAAGAAGAAAAAAGAAGAGAAAUUUAUAUAGAUUCUGUAGCUAACCGAGCCAUGGCCUUUAACAUAAGGGAAACCAAUAGGCCAAACAAAAAAACCAAUCCCAAUAGAGAAAAAUAUUAUUGUACCCACUGCAAGAUGAAUGGGCACUCCCUUGAAAGAUGCUAUAAAGCCAAUCCAAAUAGGCCUGUAUGCUCCAAUUGCAAUCUGUUAGGACACACGGCAGAAGCAUGCUACAAAAGAAAGAACCAAUCAAAAGGAUCAACCAGGUAUCAUCCAACAAUACACAUGGAGAAUCCAAAGGAAAAGAGCAGUAUCUGUUGACAAAGGAGCAGUAUCUGUUGACAACGGAGCAGUAUCAUCAACUUAUGGCUCUCAUCCAGCAGAAUCAAGCCUCUGUUAACAUGGUGCAGACAUCUUCAGAGCAAUCACAAGAAUAUAAUCUCACUGCCUUUUCUGGUAUCUUUUCUUGUUCCAUGCUUGCAAAAUAGAGGACUUGGAAGACACUUGGAAUGAAGGAGAUUAUAAUGGGCUGUACCAACUUAGGUAGCCCAAAGAACCAGAAGUCUCAAGUUUACAAUUUUUUAAAGGGAUGACAACACCAGAUUCCAGUAAAGAAGAGAAAGAUUUUGAUAUGCGGCACUAUAGGCUUGAACAUCCCUCACAAUCCAAGUGUGCAAAGAGAAAAAGACCCUUUCUUUCAAAUUUGUGCUAGCUACACUCCCCACUGACUGUGAAGCUACAGCUCCAGAGGAUAUUUCACCCCAUCUGUGUUUCACCCGUCUUCUUAUUUGGCUAAUGAGCAUGGUUUAAGCAUCGAGUCUUGCCUCAGUUCAGAUGAUCUCAGUAUAAAUCUACUUUCUAUUUGUCAAAGCACAGAUUUGAUGGCAGAAGCUUCAUGAUAGUCAAGAUGAAAGUUCCUGUCUUCAUCUAGUGGACUGGUAACUGAGGGUCUUUGCCGCUUGACUUAAAGGCUCUAGGUGAGUUUGAUAUUUACUUGGACGCACUGUUGGGUGUUUAAUUUUCAUUGGUAAACAUUUCAUUUGGUCCUCCAUUUUUCAAAAAAGGUAAUUUCUCGGAAGAAUCGGUAUCAGUAGAUGACAAAUAUAACAGUGAAAUGCACCUCUAACGUCAAAAAAAUCUUGAUGGGUAACCUUAAUUUGUAGUUUAGUGAUAAUGUGCUCCUCUAAAAGAAGCCAUAUAUUCCACCAACUCUUGUUGAUAUAUAUCAUGAUGUGGGGACCCAGUUGCCCCGGAAUGAACUUGGCCUGCAUGUUUUUGAUUUUUUUCCUUGAGAUUUUAAUUUUAAUUUUAAUUUUUUUUUUUUUUAUAAAUUAUCUCCUUUUUGUUGAUAUACAUGAAGGUCUAUAAGGUUUCCUCUUUUGAUCUGUGGUGGGAAAUUAGUUAGCAGAGAA